AUAAUUUACCUAGAUUGUGGGCCCAGUGCGGCUUCGCCCCACUUUAGUAGCCUGCGCGCGUUAUGAGAAACUACAAUGGGAUCGUGUACCUGGUCUGAUGAGGAGACUAGAACACUCAUCUCGGUGUGGAGCAACGACGCAUUUCAAGUGCGACUAAAGGGCAGCACGGUAUGUUCAAGAAACAAAGAUAUCUACGACACAAUUGCGCAAGAAAUGGAAGCCGCCGGCCACAACAAAACGGGCGAAAUGUGCAGACGCAAACUCAAUACGCUGAAGAGUAUGUACCGUAAGCGCGAUAGACGUUUGUUGAACGGGCAAAGAGGCGACGUCACGUGGAAAUUCUGGGACCCCAUGAAUGCGGUUAUGCAGGAAAGCAAAGCGCCAACUCAACAAGUUGAACAACCAACAAUAGAUGCACACGCCGAGACAAUUGGAACCGAGUUAGAAGAUGAGGGAAACGCGGAUGAGUGUGUUGAAAGUGUUGAAAAUGAUGGAAUUUCUCACUGCAUGCCCAACUCUGAUGAUUCCAUGAGUCUGAGCGUGCGCACGAGAGUGACUAGGAAUAUUGAGAGUCAAGCUGAUGGGAGGAGUCGAAAGAGAAAGAAAGUCGAGAACAAAGAGGAUAGGAUGGAAAUACUGCUUGAAAAGAUGAUGAAAUUGCAAGAGGAGAGCGAGCGUCGUCACGUGAGGCUCGAAGAGGAGCUGCUGUCAGUGAUGAAACAGAUGAGACGGGACAGUCACGAGAUUCAAAUGCACAUUAUAUCUUUGUUGCCGAACCAAACAAAUAUUGGAGAUAAACAACCUAUAGCAGAUGCAUAUCAUGGAAGUUAUGUAUUUGCUGGUGAAGAUGACCAAUGAGUGUAUGCAGAUUGUCAAUUAAAAUUUAAGUUUCUUCAGUUUUAUCAUUCUGAUGGCAACGGUCAUUAGUAUUCAUUGUAUGUGAAAGCAAUGACAUGUUUGUAAUAAUAAGAAAUAUAGUAGUAAUUUUUACAGUAAUUGUAAAUAGUAUAAUAAAAAUCCCUCUUAAAGUCAUGUCUUCUGUCUAGACAGUCAUGAUUGUCUAAGCACCUCUGAGGCAGGGUUUGCUUCCGAUGCUUGCAAAAGACAGUACAACCAAGACUGAUCUGGUUGAGCACGACAAACAGUGUUACAAUGUUUGUUAUUGUUAUUUGUUAUUGUUUAUUUCAUUAAUAAUAAGAGGUUUGAGCAGCCAGGUGAGUUAAUUAGCAUGAUCAC